AUGACGCCCAAAGGGUUUUCUCCAUUUACGUGGCGUGUCACGAUUUUCAUGAAUGCCUCAAAAGGCGUGCGGAUAGACUUCCGCUUCAUAAUGUGGCUUCGAUCUAGGUCGUUGAUCGGGCGUCUUACCUUUUUUCAAAUUUUGAAGCGUCGUUCCAUGCGGGAUUUCAUGAUUAGUCGUGGGUUCCUCUCUAAAUGGACCUUGUCCUUUCUUCAUUUUCUCCUUUUGCAAUUUCGCACUCUCUUCCACAAGUUUAGAGUUUUUAUCCUGCAAUCAGCCGACGAGUUAUUAGCUUCUUUGGACGUUCUCCGUGCCCCCAGAAUUUCUAAACUUUUUUCGAAUAGUUGUUACAUCCUCGUCGGCAACCAAGAGCCUAGAUCUGGCGUUGGUUUGAGUAUCACGAGGCCAGUACAACAUCCAGUCGAGUGCUGA